AUGGGAGGGGAUGGUCAAGCACUUUCUAACAAGCGAAGAGUUCUUGAAAGUUCAAAGGUAUUUGUUACUGCAGACGAGUUGAGAAAAGAAGAAGGAAAAGAUUCUGAUGCGGUACAAUCAAUAAAAGAACGGAAUGCCCAACGCUGGUCACAUUGUACGUUGUCAUUGGAGCCGUUUGAAAUACCUGUUGUAUUUGAUCUUUGUGGACGUUUAUACUCUAAAAGGAUCUUGUUAGAUGAUAUAUUGAGAAGAAAACGACAUGCAACACCAAAGGAGAAAGACUCAAAUAGUGGUGUUUGCAUUACUAGGUUGAGUGACGUUUGUGAAAUUUCGAACAUAGAAGAAGGUGAAAAAGUGGUUAUACGGUGUCCUUUAACAGGUUUUGAUGCUUCUUAUGGACUUCAUACAUUUGUUGGAUUUUGGGGUUGUGGUCAUGUUCUUUGUGUCUCUUCUUGUGAGAAAUUGAUAAAGUCAAAUGAGACAAAAUUGUUAGAUUCUUCUGAAGAACCAGUUGUUAUACCAUGUCCUUUUUGUGGUGAGGAUAGUUUUCCUGUACCUUUGGUACUGGGAUCUGAAGAUGAUGAAGUGGAACAAUUCCGACGGCUACGGCCUCUUCAACGCAUGUUCACUAAACGAAAACGAUCCGAAAAAUAA